AAUGAAGAUAAUUGGACAGGUAAUAAACAAAAAGAACAUAAUACAUAUUUGAGAACUCUAGGUGUAAUAGUAGCAACCGGCUCGAAUGAAGAACGAUCAGUUGGAACUUCUUCCCUGAAUAACUUUACAUUCGUUAUAAUUGAUCCAUUUGUGUUUGAUGCGAACCAUUCUAAGCUAAAUGAUGCUAAACGAUUUCUCAUAAACAAAAAGAAAGAAGCAAAUAGUGAUGAGGUAAAUGUCUUCUGGAAAGACGUUGAACAUGAUAGAAAUGCCAAGGAAUUUGAAGCUAUUCUUGAAAAUUUAGAUAUGACAUUCACUGUUGAGCGUACAUUGGAGCAUAACGACUAUAUAAAUGAAGUGGGGCAAUGGCGCAGACAGGUCAUUAAACGCACUUCCGAAAAUUACCAAGAGGAAAAAUCUAUUGAUUCAAGUAAAAACGAUUAUUCUUUAAGAAAAAAACAACGUCAAAAUUAUAAUGAGGAAGAAAUGAUUAAGAGGCAAUAUCAAUACAGAGAAACUUCACCAUCACCACGCCAACAACCUGCAGGCAACCUCUUAUUCGAUAAUAGCCGUGAAUCGGAUACCGGAAUUGAACCUAACUGCCCAGCAAUAAUCAAUGAUGUUUUUGGAUUGCAAUUGGGACCUUUACCUCGAAAAGAAUCUAGAUGGCUCGUAAAUGAUAUUGAUGUCUCUAAAAAGUGGCAUCUUUUUAAGGAGAAAUCAUUGGAAUUGGCAAAUAAAGAAGGCCUUUUUGUGGAAAGCCAUACACAGCAGAUAUUAUCCUUAUCACACAUUUUUUUACUGAAGCCCAAACAACAUUGCCCGUUAAUGACGGAGGUUUUUGGUGAUGAAUUAUUAGAAAUGAUGCAUAAGGAUAUAAUACAGAGACUUACCAAGCAAGAGACAGAGUUCGAUGAUGAAAUAUUGAUAAAGCUUGUCCGCAUUGUCAAGCGCUUGCAACGAGGGGAGAUCACAAGAGACAACGCAGUUUCAGAACUGCAGAUUCUUGCAGUUGGUCGCGCUUAUGGCGAGUGCGCAAUUUUGAAGAGCAUAAGAAAUAUUAUCGAAAGAGUACCAAGAGCCACAUUAAAAAGCCCCAUUGGAGAGUUAGAGCUGUGCACCACUUACAUUGAUCCAAUUCUUAGCCAACUUUUUAUGGAUCCUGAUCGCGAUGUAUUCCUGCGAUGGUCAAAUAAAGAGGCAAUGGAGUCCAAGGUUAGAAAGCCAAUAGGCAGGGCUAAACAACCUGAUGCCAUCAUAAACGAAAUCAAUCAACUGUCUUGGGGCUUGAGCAAAGGACAUGGUGAAGCGAAAGUUCAAGAAGAGAUGAAUAACCUUUACCUCCUUUGCACCGAUCUCAUCCGGAUAGCUAUAUUUAACAAAGAUGCGAUCGACUUUUAUAACAUGAAUUGUAUGCUCGGAUUUCAAGUUGUCGGGCAUCAUAUCACAUUCUAUCUCACCACUCUUUUGUGUGAUGCCUUAUAUGUUAUGGUGGAAGUUGGUCACGUUGAUGUGCCUAUGUCACUUGAACAAGUUCCUGCUUUUCUCACCAGCCUUGAUACGCUUCUCAUUAUUUUAAAUGCAUAUUGGUCCAAUUGUAUUAUGUCUACCGAAAACAAGGAACCAAGCAGGCGUAGUACUCUUGCAACACCAAGUUUUAAAGAAAUGGUUUCAAAGAGUCGGGAUCGGCAUCGACCUUGUCAAUUACGGGAAGCUUUUGAGAAGGAUGAGGCUAGGAUAGAGAAGGAAAGGCAGAAUGAAAUGGCAUCAAAUGUAGUAACUCUAGCUAAGGCAGAUAACUACGAUGAUGUUGAUUCUGAAGAAGAGAUACCAGAUGAAUCAGACUCGUAUAAUGACGAUGAAGAGGAUAUGGACGAUGCUAAGAUAUCACAAAUAAAAUAA